UGUUUUGAAAAAACACUUGUUUCUCACACACCGACAAACGACAGCGGGAACAGUAUUCGGCAACAACCCACCGUUAAUCGUAAUCAUCGCCUACCUGCCGAUGACGGAAUUCGUUUCAGAAUCAGUUCCUCUUCCAUUAUCAGUGGAAAGCUUGAUCGAAGAGAUGUGUGUCCAGAAGCUUCUUCCUUUACCUAACUUUUCUGCUCGGAAAAUACUUUUCAAUAUCGGCGAAGUUGCCGCCAUCGAUGUUCUCAGAAAAAUCGGAAUCACUCGAACUCCCAUUCGUGAUUUAAGUAGUUACAUUAUAUUUAUGGCUAAUAAAUAUUAUAAAUCCUCUUCUUCUUCUUCAUUUCCAAUUCCUGAUGCUGAAAGUAUUUGUAUUUCUUCACCUUCUGCUUCUUCCACCGCGUCUACUCCCAACAGAAAUCCGUUCUAUGAUUCUCCAACUUCAAAGCAGUUUCUAGAAUCACCAUUCAGUGCGGAAACUCCUAUUCAACGACAAAAUUCUAGUUUAUCAUGUUCUAGUCUAAAAGAAGCAAUUCCUAACUAUAGCCCAAGUACCAGUCAGAGUGUUUCAUCACACAUAAAGCUUGUUACAUCAGCUAGUCCUGGUUCAAGCGGCACAAAGCCUAAAAAUGUUGAUCAGCACUUUUCUGGCUCUCCAAGUUCCAGCCAUGGUGGUUCUCCUGUUCAAAAGAAACUCUUUACGUCAUCUUAUUCUCCAACUCCCAAGUAUCCUAUAAACCCGAAAGCACUGGAUCUCUCGGAGCUUGAAUUUCGGAAAUUAUUUAUGGUGUAUAGUUACUUUGGAAGAAAGAAGGUGGAGGACACUGUUUCUGAUAAUGAUGCAAUCAAAAUUAUGUCAAUGAAAAAUAUUCCAAUGUUGAAAUUUGAGGAUUGGAUGUGGAAAAAUUUUGGCUGCCAUUACUGCCAACCCUGUGAUAGAGCAGUGUAUCAUGAUUGGGAUUCUGGGAAGACACAUCUAUAUUUUUGCUAUGUGUAUUCUGAUGGAAGUUACCAAUUCAAGGGUCCAUAUCUUGCUACACAAAGAACUCACCUACAGAAGGCAUUAGGAGAUGAAAAUGUGUUAAUUGUCAAGUUUGCAGAGGCUGAGACCGACACAAUGACCGCUAGAUAUUAUAAAAUGAUUGCUGAAGCAGGAAUUCUUGUCGGGUUGACACGUUACCGCUUUUUUGUCUUUAAGGAUGGAGGCAAAGAAAGCCUGAAGAACGGAAAUGUGGACAAAAAACGACGGUCGUCAGGGACAGUUAAAUGCUAUUUUGUUAAAAGAGAAUCUAUUGCUCCUUGGAUUGAAAGAGACAAUUCCUUAAUGAGCUACAAAACAACCCAUGAUUUACGGUGUCUCUUCAUGCAUGUGCACACGGUCCCUAGCAUGGCCAAGUACAUUGCUAGAUUUUCCCUUAUCUUAUCAACUACAAUAAAGCUCCCUAUUGAUCUUGCUUCUGUGUCGGUGGAAGAAAUUGACGACAUUCCUUGUAUUGAUCAAUAUGGUAGUAUUGUGUACGAUGAAGAUGACAACCCAUUAAUACAAACAGAUGGAACCGGAUUUAUAUCUGAAGAUCUUGCUGUCUUAGUCCCAAACAAUUUUUAUGAUGCGAAGUAUAUGAAAGAUAAAGAUUACAAGAAGCUUGAGCUUCACCAACCUGAAGUUGGAUCAACGCCUCUUAGAGAUGCGCCUUUGCUGAUUCAGUGCCGCUUGUUUAAUGAGGGUUCUGCUGUAAAAGGAACUCUUCUUGUCAAUAAAAAGCUUGGACCGAGAACAAUUCAGGUCAGACCGUCAAUGAUCAAGGUUAAGAAAGAUCGAACAUUGUCACAGACCAAAACAUUUAAUUCCUUGGAAGUAGUUGCUAUAAGUCAUAAACCAAAUGAGGCUAAAUUAUCAAAGCAUUUGAUUGCACUUUUAAGCAUCGGAGGUGUACCCAAAAAAUACUUUCUUGACUUACUGGAACGUACAUUAGAAGAAGUGCAAAGCGUGUUUAUUGAUCGACGUGCAGCAUUUCGAGUGGCGAAUAUAUAUCAACAGAUAGAUGAUUCUGGAAUUUGUCUCGAAAUGUUUGGGGCCUGCAUUCCUCUUAGUGAGUCAUUCUUCCAAUAUCGGUUAUCUCAGCUGGCUAAAGAAGAGAGAAAGGGGCUUGGUGAAGGGAAAAUCCCACUUAGUGAUAGCUUCUAUCUAAUGGGAACUACUGAUCCAACAGGAACCUUGAAUAGGGAUGAAGUUUGUAUUAUUCUAGGGAACGGCCAGCUAUCAGGGAAGGUUCUUGUAUACAGGAAUCCAGGCCUUCAUUUCGGAGACAUACACGUUUUAAAUGCCCGGCAUGUGGCGGAAUUGAGAGAUUAUGUUGGAAAUGGUAAAUAUGCGAUAUUCUUUUCUACGAAAGGCAGAAGAUCAGUAGCAAAUGAAAUUGCAAAUGGAGAUUUUGAUGGGGAUCUAUAUUGGGUCACCAACAACCAUGAGCUAUUGGACAACUUCAAAGCAUGUGAGCCAUGGACACGUAGUUCCUCGACACCCAGCACUUCAGAUAAGAAACCGAGUGACUUCUCACCGGAAGAAUUAGAGCACGAACUAAUUAGACUAUUUUUUUCUCCAAAUUCACAUAGUAGCGCAGCUGGCACCGCAGCUGAUAGCUGGAUGGCCUUUAUGGAUCAGUAUCUGACAUUGCUGGACAAUGAUGCUGAUGAAAAGCAUGUUCUCAAGAGAAAGAUGUUGACGCUGAUCGAUUUAUACUAUGAUGCUUUAGAUGCACCUAAAAGUGGUCAAAAGGUUGUAAUUCCUCAUGGUUUAAAAGCAACCCAUUAUCCACAUUAUAUGUGUCGUAAACCUGAUUAUCAUUCUACGUCCAUACUCGGACAAAUUUAUGAUAGAUUUCAGAGUUGUAAAAAUGAGAAGUUACAAGCACAAGAGAUCUCGAAAUUAAAUGACUUCAAUGUUAACAUACCCGAUUCUUGUUUGAAGCUGUGGAAGGAAAACUACCAAGCCUAUAGAAUAGAUAUGUCAAGCGCAUUAAGAUAUAAUGAUAUAUCAAAAAAUGAGGCUGCAAACAGUGUCAUUGAGAAGUAUAAGCUGAUGUUAUACGGUGCUUCUGAUUUGAAAGAUAGCACAAGGAACAUGGAUGAUGUGUAUGACGAAGCUCUAGCAAUAUAUCAUGUGUGUUAUGACUAUGCUAUACGCUGGAAGGAUGUAGGAAAAUGUGGUUUUGCUUGGAAAGUGGCUGGUUCAGCCCUUUGUGCGUAUUAUCGGAAGAUCCACUGUAUGAAGACUGGAGACAGGGAGAUUACAUUCAUCUCCUCGGCAUUUGAUGGUAUUUUUUAAGAAUAAAUAUGGUAGUUUAAUGUAGUUCUGAUAUCCCGGAAGCACAUAACUUGAUAUCAUUGUAAUCAUAACAUGUAUAUAAUGUAACAAUAAGUAGGAAGAUGGUCUUUAGGACUUAGGAGUAAAUUAUGUUAAGUGAUGUUCAGUUGAAGAUGUAUUAAUGUAAAAACAUGUACUUAAAUGAGAGACUGUAUUGCUAUAAAA